GUAUCUGGCAUUCAGAGCCUGGUCGGAGAUGGGAUUCCACAAGCUGCGGCAUCCUGCAAGCACUUCGCGGCCUACUCUUUUGAAGGCGGUCCUACGCAACUUAACAAGACAGAGCACAUGCGCGACUUCAUCCCGGGUGCUUCCAAUGUCAGCCGGCACAACGAGAAUGCCGUGGUCUCGCCGCAGGACCUGACAGAGUCUUACUUUCCAGCCUUUGAGGCCUGUGCUCGGGCUGGAGCUCUGGGCUCGAUGUGCGCUUACAACCAGGUCAACGGCAUUCCCUCCUGCGCCAGCAGCGAGCUGCUUCGAAGCAAGCUUCGAGAAGAAUGGGGAUUUCGUGGCAUGAUUGUCACAGAUUGCGACUCCAUUGCAGACAUGUAUUCUUUGCAACAGUACCGCGACACCCCGGCCGAGAACAUUGAAGCCGCUUUAGCGGCUGGCACCGAUGUGGCCUGCAGCCCAGGCUUCUUCCGAGACUAUGCCAAUGCAUCCAUGGAGCCGCUUCUGACGGAGGCAGUCAAGAAUGCACUUCGGGUUCGUUUCAUCCUCGGCGAGUUUGACCCACCGCCUGCUGACAUCCCGGACAGCUGGCAGAAGGCCUCGGCCGGACAUGUGGAGCUAGCGAUGGAGGCUGCCCUCCAAGGGGCUGUGCUGCUGAAGAACGAGGGCCAUAUGCUGCCACUCUCCGUGGAACAGCGGGUUGCUGUUCUCGGCCCUCUGCGAAAUGCCACACGGAGCAUUCUUGGCAAUUAUGAGGCUUGGCCGGUUCCCGUCGUGACUCCCCUGGCCGGCCUCAAGAAGUUCGGUCGCCAUGUGGAGGCUCCCGGCCCCGAGGUUGACAUUUGUGGCACGGCAGGAAGCUCGAUGCCAGAGAAGCCUGACGCAGAGGUGGUGGUCGUGGUGGCUGGGUUGACGGCAGACGAUUUGGAGGUCCAGGAUCCGGAUCUCCGGCCGGUGCAAUCCGAGUUCUGCAAAGCAGGUUGCCUGGAGACGGAGGGCUGCGACCGACCCAACAUCUCAUGGCCCCGCUCACAGGCGGACCUCAUUGCCACGGCAGCAACCUGGGGUAUCCCAGUCGUUCUGGUGGUGAUCAGUGGUGGCCCGGUGGACUUGGCUGACUAUGCCCAGAUGGACGGCAUCCACUCCAUUUUAUGGCUGGGCUACUCGGGGGAAGCUGCUGGCGAAGCUCUGGGGAGGCUUGUCUACGGACUGGCGUCUCCAAGCGGACGCCUUUCCCAGACCUUCUAUCGCAAGGAGUACACUGCCCAUGUGGCCAUGCAAGACUACAGCUUUCGUCCUCGGACGGAGGAUGGCUAUCCAGGGAGAGGCUAUCGCUUCGUAUCAGACAGAUGGAUAGUAUACCCCUUCGGUCAUGGCCUGUCAUUUGACAGCUUCAGUUUCGACUGGUUGGCCGACCAUGCUUUUGCGGGCAGGUGCCAAGUUGGCGUUCGUGUUCAGCCCUUGUACAGCGAGGCUUUAAAGACGCGUUCGAGCUCAACUUCCGUGCUGCUCUUUUUGGUACCCCCUUCGGGCAAGUCUGGACUCCUGAAGAAGCUUGUAGACUUCCAGAAGGUGGAGUUUCCCCCAGCGCAGUCUCAGGAGGAUAGGUGGAAAGACCUCUACUUCGAGCUGAGCCCAAGUGACAUCGAGCUCGUGGAUGAAGCAGGUGCUUCUUCCGUGGCAGGGGGAACCUGGACACUGCAGGUAAACGAACCUCCAGAGCUGAGGUACCCAGCCAAGGUUCCACCUGUGGAAGCGAGGGAGGCGGACAUCGAUGGCUGGACGUUCUUUGCUAGGUUCUCUGGCGCCUUGUGGGAGACUUUCAUUGAUGUCGCGACUUCGCGUGGUCCUCGCGAACAAAAAGGGUGGGAAUACCGCAAAGGAAUCGAAGGCAUGUCCAUGGGAAGCAUGGCCUUUGAAAUGAUGACGACGCAGGGAGCCAAGAGUGCGAAGCACCAUGCGCAGAGGUUGAGUAAGAUUCUGACAGAGGUCUCCAUUGCAUGUCUGAGGUCUGAGGACACGGAGGAGUUUAAGGAGUUGUCCAAGGAGUACCAGUCUGGCUAUGGAGUAAAGAACCUAGCAAUGCAAGACAAGCAGCAUAAAGUGUCGUCUGUGCUUAUUCUCCACCACAAGGUGCCUUUCCUCAAUCUCUCCUUCCGCAAGAUUACCGCUGCCACGAGAGACGUUUGCUCCCCCCAGGGUCAAGUGCAAGGCCGGAUGGACGUCUCUGCCCAGGAGUUCCAUCCGGAGUUGGGGUCUUAG